AGCAGACCGCAUUCAAAGCAUUUCCUGUGUGGGAUACUAACACCUAAGCAGGCAGAAUGUGCAAGGGACUCGCAGCCUUACCUGCAACAUGUCUAAGGAGUGCAAAGGACAUCAAGCACAAAAUCGGAUUUCUACUUCAGAAGCCGGAGAUUCAGCAACGUCAAAGCGCGGCGAAAGACAGCAAUGAAAACGCUACAGCAGCGAACAGAGUUGAUCCAGAAGAAGUGAAGAAAUGGGGCGAAUCGUUGGAGAGCUUGGUCAGCCACGAAGUUGGUGUGAUGACCUUUGAAACGUUCCUGAGGACCGAAUUCAGCCAGGAGAACCUUGAAUUCUGGGUGGCCUGUGAGGACUACAAGACAAACACACCACCGGAGAAGCUUUCCAGCAAAGCCAGAGAGAUAUUUGAUAUGUAUGUAGAGGUGGAAUCUCCCAAAGAGGUCAACCUCGAUUCCACUACGAAGGAAGAGACCAGAAGGAACCUUGAGAACAUCAACCCAACUAACUUUGAAGAGGCACAGAGGAAGAUCUUCCUGCUGAUGGAGAAGGACUCCUAUAGACGUUUCAUAAAAUCCAAACUCUUCUUAGAUAUCUUGCAACAACCCGAGAAGAGGAAUAUCUGUGGUAUAAUGAAAAGAGGAAGGAGGAAUUCCCCGGAUUUGGCCGCCAUCGUGGAUUAAUGGGCAUUGAAUGUAUUUAUUCUUGAAAGAUCUUCAGGACACUAAGCUACCUGGUCGUAUGAUUUGAUUGUCAGCCAUGCCGGGUUUUGAGGUGAUUUCCAUUCCAAGUAAACUGGUUUAGGGACAUUAAGUCUCCGUGUGCUGUGUGAUGGAUGGACCCUUCAUAUAUUGUCAUGGGAUAAGGUUGCAGGAAAGGUACUGGGGUGUAAAAAAUGCAACAAAAGAACUGAAAGAGUAAAUUAUUUUGAGAAGCUUAGCGCUAAUGACAGGUACACAAGUUUUUUAGAAAAACAAAAAGUGGAAGCUAUUUUAAGAAAGUUCAGACUGAGCAAAGUUAACUUUUAUUUGUGAGGGGGAACUGAAAACCUAAAUGUAAAUUUAUAAUAUGAAUAUACUGUGAGAGCUGAAAACCUAAUAAACGAUAAAUUGGCCUCAUUGACUCAAUAAAACAACUUGGAAAGGAGGUGGAAAGUUCAGGUCCAUAAAGUACAGAUCCAGACCAAGGUUUUGUUUCAACCAAGCAGUUGAGCAUAAAGACUCACAGUCACAGAGCAACUCAGCUGGUUGGGUGAAACAAAACCUUGGUCUGGAUUUGUACUUUAUGGACCUGAACUUUCCAACGCUGCUUAAAGCACAAACCAAAGUUGAAGAAUUUAGCUUAUUAUGAGACACUUCUCCUGAUUUUUAUUUGCAAUGUAUGUAAACAAAGAUGCUUGAAAUAUAAUAAGGAAAAUGUAUUUACUGUUAGGGACCAAUUUCAUUUAGCAUUGAUUUUAUGUCUUAGGGAAAUAAUCGGUUUAAAAAAUCUUAAAAGCUUAGGAAAUCCAUAUUGUAUUCUUGUAUUUCAGUAAUUCAUCACCGUAGGCUAGGCAAUGUACUGUUAACCAUGAGUAACUUUAUGUAAUAUUUGUAACAUCUAGAGACUAUAAACACUCUGAAAACACAA